CCCCCCCCUCCCCCCUUCCUCCUCGCCAUGGCCCAUUCUACAGUCGUGUCGUCCCCAGGAAAGGUCCUAAUCGCCGGCGGCUACCUCGUCCUCGAUCCGACCUACUCUGGCAUCGUCGUCUCCGCCUCGUCCCGGUUCUACACCGUCAUAUCCGACGGCCAGCCCACCCACAUUCAAGUACGAUCGCCCCAGUUCAAAGCAGCCACCUGGUCCUACUCCCUCUCCUUUUUCCCCUCCGUCCAGGUCGAGCAGGCUCCAGAACAGACGAGCACGAAUAAAUUUGUCCAUCUCGCGCUCAAAAAGACGCUCGCCCUCGUCGCUGAAAUCAAGGGGCUGUCUUCCCUGCAGGACUCCUUGGCCCGUGGCCUUGACAUCGCCAUCGCAGGCGAUAAUGAUUUCUACUCGCAGAGAGCCAGGCUGGCCUCGCUACACCUUCCACGCACAAUUACAUCCCUAGAAUUUAUAGAACCAUUCGCCGCUACCGGCGUAUCAUUGUCCAAUGUCCACAAGACCGGCAUGGGCUCUUCAGCAGCACUGAUUACUUCCCUCGUCUCCGCGUUGCUGCUUCAUCUCGGCGCUAUACCUCCAUCCUCCUUCUCUGACCUCGGCAGCGACGGCAGACGGCUUGCCCACAAUCUCGCCCAGUACGUGCACUGUCUGGCACAGGGCAAGGUGGGCAGUGGAUUCGACGUGUCCUCUGCCGUCUUUGGCAGCCACAUCUAUACUCGUUUUGCGCCGGACGUCCUGAAUGACUUGAUGAGCGACGACUCGACGUCGACCCCCCUCCUCCCUGUCCUGUCGCCUUUGAACGACGCCUGGAAUUAUCGGGUCCAGCCAUUCCAGCUUCCCCCCUUGACCAGAAUCAUGCUGGCAGAUGUAGACGCUGGGAGUGAUACACCCUCACUGGUCGGCAAGGUCCUUAAAUGGAGAAACCAAGACAGCGAACGAGCCAAUACAUUGUGGACCGCACUCGACCAACUAAACCAAUCGCUCGCCCAAACUCUCAUCCAGAUUUCCAACCUGUACACGAAGGAUCCACAAAGUUACGAGAGUGCUGUCAAGUACAUCUCAUCAUUAAAUCACUUUCAGUGGCUCGCAAAUCCAGACGCCCCGCCCGAGGAAAUGCCGGUUAUUUCCACUUUCUACGCAGCACACACAAUAUCUGAGUCCAUUCGAGAAAAGAUGCGAGAGAUGGGAUCGUUAGCUGAUGUUCCAAUCGAACCGGAAGAACAAACCACGCUGCUGGACACCUGUAUAUCGCAAGCGGGCGUGAUUGGCGGAGGGGUCCCUGGAGCCGGUGGCUAUGAUGCUGUGUGGCUGCUUGUCCUCGAUCCAGUCGAUCCAUCGCCCGAUCAACCACCUCGACUACGUGUGGAGCAUGUUUGGGAAACGUACAGCACCGUCUCGCCGUUAUCUACCGUUGAAAGCUUGGCCAAGGGUGCCAGAGUCGAGGUGCUCGAACACAUCAAAGGCCUCAAAGAAGCCGUCUCCCAAAAGUCCCAGGCGUAG